AUGACAAACACCAUUCUGCUGCCCAUUAUUCGCACAACAAAGUCCCGCCCCUUCUGCCUGAGGGCCCGCUCCUUCCAGGGGCCCAGAAUCAUCCCUCACAUCUUGCCCAGGAGCCCAGCCACCCUGCGUACUGCAGAGCAACAGGAUUCAGACUGUGACAGGCAGCCAACCAAGAUGGACGUAAGCUUUCUUGAGGAGCAGUAUGACUGUAUAAAACAGAAGCAAAAGCUGCAAACACACAUUAUUGUGUUUAAAACAGGUGAGGAUCAGCCUGUUCUUGGGGAAUCAAUGGUCAAUGCCAUUUUAAUAAAUAAGAAAAUAAGGAAACCAAAAGAAUUUAAAGAACACAUUCCUGUCAGAAAGGUCACACUGGAGUUAACUUCCAAUGGCAAUGUACAAGACAGUUCACCAUGGCGUACACACCUGGGAAUCCACCGUCUACUACAAGCUGAUUGUCAGAAGGUUCUAUGUGAUCUUGCCCAUUGCAAGAAUGAACAGAUUAGUUUUGACAAUGAGAGACUGACUGUGCAGGAAAAUGUCAUGCUGCCAUAUGAAAAACCACUAACUGCAAGUGAACAAUCCACAGUAUCACUCAAUGAACUGGGAAAUUCAAGUAUGUUAAACAGUCCCACUGAAGAGAAUAUCAACUCCAUUUCAGGCAUCUGCCAGAAGCCUCCUUUAAAGUCAGUCUCUUCAGCAAUUUGGACACACCAACAGAUUUCAUCCACAAAAUGUAUACCCAUAUCCAGCAAACUAAACUAUUACCCUUUCCCUCAGAAAAAAACACCCAGGAUCUCAGAAGCUGCAAAAAGACUUGGAUUAUAUGUCUCACCAUAAAGAAAUUUCAGUAAUGUGUAAAGUUUAGUUAAAACUUAAAAUAAAAUUUCAGUAAACUAA